AUGAACAAUAGCGGCAUAGAAUGCUUAUUUUUGAAUCCCUUUCCAAAAAUUGGCUCAGAACGUGGUGUGAUGACUAGUUUGGGUGAAGAAAGCUACAAGAGUAUUUUUCUUAAUUUUCAUGAGUAUCCACUCCGCACCUACAUUUUCCACUCCGUUUAUUCCGAUAUAGAAAUUUUUAUGAACGAAACAUCAAAAAAAGUAAUUGGAGCAACGGGGGCUGACGCCAAAGUGGCUUAUCUAUUGGCAAGUAAAAUGAAUUUCACGAUGGAUCUACAAUGGCCGGACGCUGGCUUUUUCGGCACACGCUCGAAGAAUGGCAGUUACAAUGGUGCACUUGGACGAAUGAUACGCUUUGAGAUGGAUAUUAUAUUGGCUGGAUUCUUUAUAAAGGACUAUCUAACGCGCGAUAUUGGUUUUACUUCACCUGUAUAUACUGAUGAACUUUGUUGUUAUGUGAAAAAAGCUAGUCGUAUACCUCAAUCUAUACUCCCUCUAUUUGCCGUGAAUAUCGACAUUUGGAUUUCUUUCAUAUUCGUCGGAAUGCUCACUCCAUUUAUAUGGAUGUUGCUAAGGCGAGUAAAUUUGAGUGUUGCGACAAAAGGAUCUGUUUCAUUGAAAUUGCAAAAAUUGCAAACACAGGAAAGUCGUCUGCUAACGCAAAAACAUAAACUGCAGUAUAUACGCAUCUUUAUAGAUACGUGGGUGAUGUGGGUGCGUGUUAAUAUUGUAAGUUAUCCACCCUUUAUAUCAGAACGAAUCUUUAUAGCUUCACUCUGUCUGGUGAGUGUGAUCUUCGGUGCACUUUUUGAAUCAAGUUUGGCAACAGUCUACAUACGGCCACUGCACUACAAGGACAUCAAUACGAUGAAAGAGCUAGAUGAAGCCAAUAUAAGAAUAUAUAUUAAGCAUGGAGCUAUGAGAGACGAUCUAUUUUAUGGUCAUAGCUCUCAAAUAUAUCAGAAUUUACAUAAGAAAUUACUUUUAAUUGGCGAAUUAGAAGAGCGUCUUAUUCACACGAUGGCUAGAGGCGGAAAAUUUGCAUCUGUUACUCGAGCUUCUUCACUCGAACUCGAUGACAUACACUAUUUUUUAACAAAGAAAAUACAUAAAAUACCCGAAUAUCCCAAAAGCUAUAAUAUAGCUUUUUUGCUUCCUAGUCACUCACCAUUGGAAAAGAGCAUAAAUAUAUUCUUGCUUAAAUUUGUACAAGCCGGACUUAUUGACCAUUGGAUUGCAGAUACGAAGUAUCAAGCAAGGAUUAAAACUCGAAAUUUUGUGGGAUACCUGGACGAGAGUGGCGACAAAUGGAAAGUUCUAACACUAAAUGAUCUGCAGUUGUCUUUUUAUACCAUCAUAUUUGGCAGUAUGUUGGCGACAAUUGUGUUGUUCUUAGAAUUAAUCGUACACUGCAAGCAAGUUAGAGUUUUCUGCAAAAUUCGCACGACGAGAGUCAAGUAACGGUCAUUCGGAAAAUUAUUUUCAUUGUUUAGUCUGUGACUGUCCCUCUCGAAUUUCUAAUAAGAAAUUUUGCAUGUGUUGAAUGACGUAAUAAAGGAAAUAUUAAACUUUU